AUGUCUGACGGAAAGAAACCAACUGACCUCCAAAAGCAAUUGGGUGAACUCGGUGAUGUUAUCCACAACAAGUUGAAAGAAGAUGGAAAGGACACCUCCCAAGCUGACAAUGCUGUUGAAGGUGUCAAAGGCUUUAUUAACGAUGCAUACGGAAAGGUUGAAAAGUCUGAUGACAAGGAAAAGACUCAAGACGAUAUCGCUCAAAACAUCUUAGGCAAGUUCGAGCAAUACGCUGGCAAGGGGGAAACUAACAAGAGUACUGAAGAGAAGAAAGAUUGA